UUACUGGAAUUAAAUCAAGUAAGUCAGGGGAAAAUUUAACGUUUCGGUUGUCACGUCAAAAUUCGCAAUGGAAGAAGAAGAAGAAAACGCUAAUCCCGUAGAAGAAGAUAAUCCUCCCGAUGAACCACCGCCGCCGGAACCGGAACCGGAACCGGAACCCGUCAUUGAAGAAACACCAAAAGAAGUUACAAUAAACGAACCGGACGCACCAAAACCCCCUGUGGACGCUCCCACAACGAACCAAGACGCCCUCAGUAUGGAAUUCCUUUAUUACGGAUCUGUCCUCAAAGUCAUAGCACCCACUUUGAGCAGCGACCGGGAUAAAGAAAUGGCGCUUCCUUGGAUCCGGAAAUUGUUCCGGCCCGAGUAUCAGACCUCAAAACUGCGAGAAAAACGAAACCGAUAUUUAAUUUCAUUGACUAUUAAUUUAUUGAACGAUGAGAUUAGCGGUGUCUUCGAGAAAAGUCCCCCGGACGACGCUUUGGCCGACUUGAGGUCUAUACUGCCGGAUCCUUCAACGGCGGCAGAAUGGGAAGCCGACCGCAUGUGGCAGGAAACACUCUUGUCUCUGUCGGACGACUUCGAAAUGAUGGGUUGUUGCGUGCACGGGUCGAAAGAAGAGUGCCAGCAGGACCACAACUUGGAUAAAGUUUUGGAUCAGGAAUUCCAGUAUUUGUUAUACUUGACGCGUCCUUACGCCGCCCUGCUCCCUGCCGAGGACAAGACGCGCACGGCGGCUUGGCUCCAGACUCUGUGUACGAUUCACGGCGAGGCUUGUUCCGCAAUGAAAGCCAUAAGAAAUGACUACAUUAUGGCCCUUGUUGGCUAUUUGCACGAUUUGAGGAUCGUGGGCCCGUUCACAGACUACCCGCCCGACUUUUUGGAACCUUUGAAUAAAGCCGCGAAAAAGUCCGCCCGGAUUAAUCCGGUGAUUGAUCCGACUGGUCCCGAAGCGAAUCAAUUUUUAUUGGAUCAACCGGUUCCGGAUGAUGGCGCGUUCUGUUAUGUGGCUCUGACGGGAGAUUUGGUAGCCAGCAAUUUGUAACGAAUAAAUGACUUGAAGGACUUA